AUGUGGAUGCGUAGAUUCGAAUCACUGAUGGGAACAGAUCCGUACAACAACGAUGGCAUUGAGAUAUCUCCUUUCAAGUCGCCAAGGCGUGGCAUCAUCAAGCUCGAGUACCAGAGCGACAGAAUAGCAUUUUCGCCGGUCAAAACCCCGAAUGGAAGGGCAGGGCAGGUGUCACCAAGAAGACGGAUGGCUGCGUUGAACAAAUCUGCCAGAAAAAGAGCCAUGAAGUCAACUAGCGUGUAUUCGAGACUCAUGAAGGAGGACGAGGAUGAUGAAGAGGACGAUGAUGACAUCUUGAGGCAGCAGGAUAUCCGUAUUGCCGAGUCGAUCUUGAAACAGUCUAGAGAUGAAGAGUUCAGGGCGUAUGGUAGCGACGUGGAACUUGAGGAGGACAUAUCUCAGCCAACAAAGAGAAGGAGACGCGAAACAGUUCGUCGAGCCCAACCUGCGCCAGAGGUAGAAGACGAGCCGGAUCUCGAUCUUGAUAUAGACGACUCCAGCGACGAAUUCAACGAAAUCGAAGAGGAAGACGAGGACGACGAAGACGAAGGCUUGGAUUCUUCGGACGAAGAGGUGGUUAUGCCAUCCCCAUCUAAACCUCGCUCUCAAAGGUCACCCUUGAAAUCUCGCUCCCCUCCCACAGAUGUUGAAAUCGAGGAAGAAAUUGAGGUGUCGUCGCCUUCCAAACCAACCAAUGGAAAGAGAAGGGUCGGUAGGCCCACCAAAGCAGAGAAGAUUUUAGGCAGCAUCAAGAGUAUUUUCCAAAUGGAUGAUGAGACACUUUUCAAGGAAAAUAAGAGCACGUCUAAAGACACCAAAAAGAAAGACAAUAAACCGUCGUCUACUUUCUCUUCUAUGCUUGACACCGAAGUUGCUCCAGUAAUCUCGGGCUUGCGACAAACCAAGGAGGAGGAAAAUAAUACCCACGAUGCAGUCAAGGAGUUUGUACCACUAGAAAUACCCAAGACUGAUGAUAAUGGAAACAUUAUUGAUGAGGAUUUCUUGAAGAACCAUUUCGGCGGAGUCCGUCUCGAAGAAAAUCUCAAGGGAAGGUUUUUGGACGAAAGAGCAUUUUUCCUUGAAGGAUCUGAAGGAUACUUUGAACAGCAUAGUACCAGAGCCAAGCCCAGUAACAGAUCCUUGGCUCAAUUAGCGCCAGCAGUGGAGUAUGGCUCUUUUAUUCCUUACAUUGAUUUGAUGGACAAAGUUGCCCACCGCGAGAAGACCAUUCUCAACCAUCUUCACAAGCUACUCUACCAUCAAUGGUGCUUUGAAUUAUCACAAGGUUAUAGCUUGAAUUUCUAUGGAAUUGGGUCUAAAAUAGAGUUGAUCUUGGAUUUUGUUACAAACUACUUUAUCAACUGGUUUGAACAGAUAUACGAGCAUGAUCUUCCUCAGAUUAUGGUAGUUAAUGGCUAUAAUCCUACCAUCAAGUUCAAAAAAAUAUUGCAGGACAUCGUGACCGUAUUCAUCCCUCCCGAAACGAAGAAAUCGGAAAGCAUCCGAUUCCCAAAACACGUCGCAGAAACAGUACCCUUUUUGGUUAAUUACAUCGAGAAGAAAAGGAAAAUAAUCCACAAUGCUUCCGAAGACAGCACAUUCAUUGCACCCAAAAUGAUCUUGGUCAUCAAUAAUAUUGAUGGAGAAGUGUUCCGUGAUGAGAGAACCCAAAACUACUUCUCCAUUCUUGCAUCACUUCCUGAAAUAUGGUUGGUUUCAUCCACAGAUAACGUCAACGCGCCCUUAUUGUGGGAUCAAUCCAAAAUGAAAAGUUUCAACUUCAUUUGGCAUGACUUGACCACUUAUAAGUCUUAUUCUACCGAACUUUCUUUCAAAGAUGUGUUGAAUUUGGGUAAGUCUAAGAAAUUUAUCGGUGAGAAGGGAGUUCAAUUUGUGUUGAAUUCGUUGACAUCCAAUGCCAAAAAUACAUACCGGACUCUCUUGGAGAGACAAAUGCAAAUUAUCAACGAUGCUGCGGGAACCGAAGCUUCUAGGAACAAUCUCAAGGGUAAUCUCAAGCAUGGGGUUGCUUUCAAGGACUUGUAUGAGAACUGUGUGGAGAAGUUCAUUACCAGUAACGAAAUCACCUUCAGAACAGUGUUGGGUGAGUUUGUUGAGCACAAGAUGUGUAAAUUGGUGAAGAACGAGGCGGGCGCCGAGAUGGUGUUUAUUCCGUUCAGUUAUGAUGAAAUGGUAAAGGUGAUGAAGGAUGUGUUUGAAAUGGACACUCGUAAUAAAAUAUAA